UAUCGCGUCAAAAUAUCGAACCUUCGCACGCAUUCGCACUAUUUCGCCAGCCUCCUUACUGGUCGAUUCGGCGAGAGCGAGAAGAUAGCACAAGAGCAUGCCCAGCUAAAUGAGAAGUACGGGAGUAUAGCAAAAGCGCCUACAGCCGAGCUUCCAGUCGUGUACAUCAAGGACAUUGGUCGUAUCUCUGCUGUAAAGUCCAUCGAAGCAUUAUGCCUGGACCUCCUCAUUAUACUGCACAGCAGAGACAUUUCAGGAAUACCGCCCGUAGCCAAUCUUGCAAAUCUGGCAAUCGUGGCAGAUCGAUUUGAUGCACUCGAUGCCGUGCGCAAGUAUGUUUCUCGGAAAAAGAUCUUUCGGACAAUCGACAGUAAGACUACACAUAAAGCAGACCAAUCGCCUUCGGAGGAAAAGGUGAGGCAACGGCUUCUAGCUUCGUUGCUACUUGAUUAUCCGCCAUGGGUCGAGAAAUAUUCUAUGCGUCUUAUCACAAAAGGCUGGGUCGGGAAAGAAGCAGACGAGGAUGCGGCGUUGUGGUGGGACUUGCCGAGGGGCCUCGAAGAAGAGCUUGCAACUCGGCGCGAAUACAUCCUUGACACGAUACAGUCAACCUUAGCUCGCUUCUUUGCGUUGUACAGCUCGCGCGAACGUCAGUGUCGAAUGGGCUACGACUCGUCCGCAGCAUGCGACAGCUAUCAACUUGGAGAGAUGGUGAGGUUCUUUGCGCGAAUUGGUACAUUGCGAGUACAAGGCACUAUAUUCGACACUGCAGAACCUCCUGCGCCUUAUGCGGGCGACAUUUUUGCAUUGAUCGAAUCCAUGCGGCAGGUCUCUGAAUACCAGAUCGACAAGUUCCAUUCUCAUUGCGGCUUCCGGACGAGAUUGCUGCCAAUACUC